AUGCACAAACCAUCGGUGCUCGUAGUUGGAGCCGGUACAUGGGGCACUAGCACCGCCUUACACCUCGCCAGGCGCGGCUAUUCCUCGGUCACAGUGCUUGAUCGAUAUCCGGUGCCAUCGCCCAUCUCCGCUGGUAACGAUGUGAACAAAAUCAUUGAUCUCAACCGGGAGUCCGGCGAGGAUGCGGACGAAAGGCAUGUUUCUCGACUGCUGUAUGAUACUGUCAUGCGUGGCUGGAAGGAGGAUGUCGUCUUCCGCGACUACUGCCAUGAAACAGGAAUGAUCAUCGCCGCGUCUUCUCCGGAAGGCAUCGAGCACGUGCGAAACGAAGAAGGAACCGAUGGCCCUGAAUGGACCGAACUCAAGACCAAGCAUGAUUUUCAAGCCGCCAUGCCAGAUGGCGUGCUCACAGGUGAGUUCCCCGGCUGGCGUGGGUGGUGGAAACAGGCCAACAGCGGCGCCGGCUGGGUGCAUGCCCGCAAGGCCAUGCAAAGUGCCGCGUCCGCAGCAUCAUCCUUGGGUGUGGUAUUUCUUUCUGGUGAAGCCGGAGAUGUGGUCGAACUGAUUAUUGAGGACAGCGAUGUGAAAGGUGCUCGGACGCGUGAUGGCCAGCGACAUCGUGCUGAAAAGGUUGUCCUCUGUGCUGGCGCGAACGCGGCCAGCCUGCUCGAUAUGCAGGGUCAACUACUGCCCAAGGCAUGGACACUGGCUCAUAUCAGACUAAGCGAGGAAGAGAUUAAGCUGUACAAAAGCCUGCCGGUGCUGUUCAACUGCGAACGAGGUUUCUUCAUGGAGCCGGACGAGGACUGCAGAGCCCUGAAGAUCUGCGACGAGCAUCCCGGCUACUGCAACUGGAUCAUGGAAGAUGGCGGAACGGAAUUCAAACGUGACGACGGCAGGCGCGAUGAGCCUUUCGCAAAGCACCAGAUUCCGGUAGAGGCAGAGCAAAGAGUCCGACUGUUCCUGCGAGAGACCAUGCCACAGCUGGCGGAGAGACCGUUCUCCUUUGCCCGCAUCUGCUGGUGCGCCGACACUCCAGACCGCAACUUCCUCAUCGAUCGGCAUCCCGAGUAUCCCAGUCUGACUUUGGGAGUCGGUGGCUCAGGCCAUGGGUAUGUAUAUAUCCCGGCCAUCGGGAGUUUCAUCGUAGAUGCGGUAGAGGGCCAGCUCGACGCCAGAAUGCAAAAACAAUUCCGCUGGAGGCCAGAGACUGCUGUUGGUCGCGAUUGGACAGCACUGCAAGGAAGGUAUGGACCAAAAGGAAGUUGCAAGGUCAUGGACUUGCAUCAGGUGCGAGAGUGGACAAACAUCUACUCGUCGAGUCCGCUAUGA